UCUUCUGCUUUGCCGAGGCAUACACCUAAAAACAUUUCCCAAAACAAAUAUUUAAAAACAAAAAUAAACGAAUUCAUAUACUGGAACAGUUUGCUGUGAGCUUCUUACAAUGAAUGUUUAGUCUGCUCUGAUUUCUGUAGAUCUGAAAACUUUGACAUGGAAAGUCUUUUAAUUGAAUGGCAUCUUAGUGAAUCACUUAAGAACAGACAUCCUAUGCAUUAUGCAGCAAGGAAUGGAAAUGUUGAUGUCAUGAAAGCACUCAUUAGUCGUGGCUAUGUUGUAAAUUGUAUGACACCAUCUGAACUAGUCACUCCUUUACAUGAAGCAAGCUCCAAAGGGUGUGUAGAAGCUGUGCAGUUCUUGAUAGAUGAGGGGGCAUGGAUAAAUGCUAGAAACAUUGAUGGGGCUACUCCACUUUGUGUGGCUUGUGCGGCAGGCCAAACAGAAGUAGCCAAAAUUUUGAUAGAAAGUAAUGCUUCCGUCAAUCCAACAAUUCUAAUUGACCCCUUAAACUCACCCCUACAUGAAGCAGUCAUGAAAGGUCACGUUCAAUGUGUGAAACUUUUGAUAGCUAAAGGAGCAAAACUAAAUGCAGCUGAUAGACAUUAUGGAACACCUCUCCAUGCAGCAUGUGUUGCAUACAAAAUCAAUAUUGAUUGCAUUUUGUCAUUAGUUCAAGCAGGCGCCGAUGUCAAUGCUACGAUAGUCCACAAAGCUCCCCUUCACAUUGCUGCAUAUAGGAACUUAUUGUCAGUGGUGCAACUAUUAUUGAACUAUGGUGCUGAUGUUUACGCGAGAGAUAAAUCAGGUAAACGUCCAAAGGAUUUGGCAAGAUCUAAUUCUGCUGUCAAAAGACUGCUAAAAAGCUAUGAAAUUCACCCACGAACUCUAAGUGACUGCUGCAGAUUAACAAUACUUAAAUCCUUUGUUGUAGGAAAAAACUCAAUAAUUAUCAAACAGUUGGGACUUCCUAAGAAAGUUGUACAAUAUAUUUUCAGUUGUUAAACAGGAA